GAUUAUGAUUUCGAUAUAUCGCCGGCGGCCACAGGCGACGAGCCUAGAGCCGAGGCUGUGUUUGACGGCAGCGCUGAUGAUGUCGACAAAGACAAGGAGAUUGAACCCACGAAGGAAGCGGGCAAAGAGGAGGAGUUUGACAUCGCACUCAACGAUGAUACAGCAGUGGAAGAGGCGGCCGUACUGAAGGUUCGAGAUAAUGAAGAGAUGGAGAAGAAGAAAAAUCCUGCCCAGGCUAUUCUUGAAGGUGGCAAGAACUGCAUUGUUCAAGGACUUCAGGCUAGUUUCCGUUACGUACCUACACUCCAGUCUUCGCUCGGUUUGAACGAUAUCGGCGACAGCGUAACCACCAAGUUCAGCACGAACGGUCUUGAAUUCGAAAUUUCGAUAAAGGUCGUAAGUGCUCAGGGGAAUGAAAUCUUGCCUACUACAGAAGUACAGCAAGACCUAACCAUCGACACGACCAAGGCCCAGAACGCGCUCCACAAUGCUCCUCCGCUCUCCACCGGCGCACUAUCUGCCAAUACGCGCGGCAAGACCCCGUGCAGAUUCGGUGCAAACUGUACCAAGGGCGAGGACUGCCACUUCGACCACACCAAUUCAAGCGCUCCGACGAAGAAGCCUUGUACCUGGGUCAACACGUUCACAGGCUGCAUCAAGGGUGACGAAUGCUACUUCUCUCACGAGCUCGAGGGCGUCAAGUGCAACAAGUCCAAGAUGCGCUCUACAUGUCUGAAUUCCUACAAGUGCGCAUUCAAGCACGAUGACGAC